CAAGUUUAUCGCGGUCAUACAGCACCGGUGACGUGUAGUGUGGUGGCCAGCCAUCUCUACAUCACUGGCUCCUGGGACAAGACCAUUCGUGUCUUUGACAAGGCAUCACGCCAGUGUCUGCACGUCUUGGUCGGGCAUGCUGAUUUCAUCAAAUGUCUACUCUAUAUCCCUUCCCUCGGCUUGCUUUUGUCUGGCUCGAGUGACCGCACAAUUCGUGUGUGGUGCCUCCAGGACUUCAAAUGCUUGUAUACACUCAAAGCUCACCCACGCGCCGUUGAACAGCUAUACUAUGUACGCGAUGUCCUCGUCUAUGGCCCCUACAUCAUCACUGCGUGUCGCGAUGAACAGAUUCGCUUGUUUGAGGGAGGAUCUGGCAAGCUCAAGUUUACACUCGAGGGACACUUCAGUGAAAUUACUGGACUCGCUAUUGUUGGACAGACACUAUUUAGCGUGUCGAUUGAUUGUACCCUGCGACGAUGGGAUUUG